UUAGAACCUAGCCACCAUUAAUCUUACGAAUCGCCAAUGUGACCCCUUCCCCAAUCUCCUCCUCCGCCAAUACACCGAGACAUAUAAGGAGUGAGAAUGACCCAUGGGGAUCUCAAGCACCUCCCCACAUGCUCCUCAACUUUCUCGUUCUCGGGUUCAUCGUCGUCACUCAGGCGUUGGACGUCGUCAAACCUUACAACAACAAGGUCGUAUUCUUACCUCCAAGCGAUUGGCCCUCCCCUCGUACCAACUACGCUCGCUCUGUUCUCAUCGCCCAAGAUGGUGCGGACACAAACGUCCUCCUCGCCACCUGGCAAAACACUUCUCCUGAACCGCCCAACCCCUGGUUCCCCGUUUACCGCUCUACAGACCUUGGACAGACUUGGAAGCCGUUCUCCAAUAUCACGGAUACGGAGAACGGGUGGGGAUUAAGGGCACAACCGUACUUGUAUGAGCUCCCAAUAGCAAUUGGUAACUUCUCGGCCGGGACUAUCGUUGCAUCUGGGAAUUCCAUUCCGCCGAAUCGUACCCAUACGAGGAUCGACGUCUACGCUAGUGCAGAUAAAGGUCGGACGUGGAACUUCGUGAGUCACGUCGCUUUAGGCGGCCGUCCUAUUGCAGUGAAUGGAGAAACUCCCGUAUGGGAGCCUUUCUUCUUUACUUACGAAGGUCAACUUGUGAUCUACUACUCAGAUCAGCGUGACCCGGAAGCUCAUGGUCAGAAGCUCGUACAUCAAGUAACAACCGAUCUCGUCAACUGGGGGCCCGUAGUCGACGAUGUUGCAAAUCCUAAUCCCUCUGAUCGGCCAGGCAUGACCACCAUAGCUGCCCUCCCCAACGGCAAAUAUAUCAUGACCUACGAAUACGGUGGUGCCCCCGAAAUUGACUUUGCAGUAUACUACCGAAUCUCAGAUUCGCCUCUCAACUUCCUACCUUCCAUCGGACACAACCUAAACGCAACUACAGGAGAACAAGCCCAGAGCUCUCCUACGGUCGUUUGGACUCCAUAUGGUGGUGAGAACGGGACUAUCGUCGUGUCUGCUAAUGGCAACAAAGGGCUCUGGAUCAACAAGCAACUCGGAGCAGAAAAUUCACCCUGGACUCUUUUCCCCACGGGUGCGGCGGGUGGAUAUGCUAGGGAUCUAAAGGUGUUGCCAACGAGUCAACAAAUAUUUAUUGUGUCAGGAGGGGUCUUUGGUGGGACUGCGAAUCACGUGUCGGCUUCUGUUGUGAAUUUGCCAUAAAGGUUUUGUAAUUCGUUAUGCGUCAUUGAAACACUUUCAUUUAAGGGUUC